AUGGCAGAUGAAGCAGUUCACUACUUUACUGAGCAGUUCCAAGAAGACAGAAGUCCAUGUGAUUUUGAAAUUAUAGAUCAUGUUCCAAAAUUGGUAGGAACGGAGCAGAACAUCCACUUGAUGAGGCAGGCCACAAAAGAGGAGGUACAACAGGCUACGAUGGGUCUAAAUGGAGAAAGUGCAGCUGGCCCGGAUGGUUUCACAGGCGCUUUCUUUCAUUCAUGUUGGGAUAUCAUUGGUGACGACGUCCUUAACAUGGUUAAGAGUUUCUUCAAUGGUCAUGCGCUACCAAAAUUUGUAACUCAUACAAAUCUAAUUCUAUUACCAAAGAAGAAAGAAGUGCAAACAUUUUCAGAUUUGCGUCCAAUUAGCUUAAGUAAUUUCAUCAACAAAGUUAUAUCAAGGGUGAUUCACGAGAGGCUAGUUAGUCUACUACCUACGCUCAUUUCUGAUGAACAAGCUGGGUUUGUAAAAGGAAGAAACAUUGUUGAAAAUGUGAUCCUCACUCAAGAGAUAAUCACUGAUAUUAGACUAAGAACGAUGGUCGGGCCAAAUGUAGUGAUUAAACUAGAUAUGACGAAAGCCUAUGAUCAUUUUUCUUGGUUAUUCCUCACUAAAGUCCUGAGGCAGAUGGGUUUUUGGGAAACAUUUAUUGGCUUGGUGUAUGGAAUUGUGUCUAAUAAUUGGUACACCGUUCUCAUCAAUGGUCAACCACAUGGUUUCUUCAAGUCUACUAGGGGCGUCAAGCAAGGAGAUCUGCUUUCACCAACUCUCUUCAUUCUUGCAGCUAAGGCAUUAUCACGGGCUUUAAAUGAUUUGCACCUCAACCUCUACUUUUGUGGUUUUGGAAUGCCAAAGUGGAGUCCAAAAAUAAACAAUCUAUCAUACACCGACGACACUAUAAUUUUUUCUUCAUCAGAUGCUAAAUCUUUGCAGUUGGUAAUGGAAAUUUUGGCAGCAUAUGAAAGAGCAUCUGGACAGCAGAUUAACAAGUCCAAAUCAGCUGUAUACAUGCAUGAUGCUUCUCCUCAAGAUGUGGUGAAUAAGAUCCAAAGAAUUACGGGUAUUUCCAAGCAAGAAUUCCCUUUCAUUUACCUUGGAUGCACAAUUUUUUACACUAGAAGGAAAAUGGAAUUUUCUGAAGAAGGAGGAGCAGGUUUUCGAUCACUACACGAUGUUGCAAAAGCUCUAUUCUCUAAACUCUGGUGGAAUUUCAUUACAAAAUCAACAUUAUGGAGCUCUUUCAUGUCACAAAAAUAUUGCAAAAAAUUAAAUCCAAUUGUUGUACCUUGGAGAUAUGGAUCACAUGCUUGGAGAAAAAUGCUGGAAUGUCGGGACAUUGUUGAACAUCAAAUUGGGUGGCGUACAAAAAUGAGUUCAUCACUUUUCUGGUUUGACAACUGGACGAGACUGGGAGCUUUAUACUUUAUAACUCCUCCUGAAUUCUACAUUGAUGAAUCAGUUAAUAAUGUUUCUGAUGUUGUGGAUAGAGGAGCUUGGGAUGCAAAUAAGUUAGCGAACAUUCUGCCUGAGGAAUAUACUGUGCACAUUCUCGACAAUAUCAAACCACCAGGGGAGCAACAAUUACUUGACAAACCAUACUGGUGUCUUGAGACAGGAGGUAAUUUUGCAGUUAAAUCAGCGUGGGAGUAUUUGAGGCAGAGAAAUGAUACAGGGGAAGCAUACAAAAAGAUGUGGGUAAAGGGUUUACCAUUCAAGAUCUCGUUCUUUACGUGGAAAGUGUGGAGAGUGAAACUACCUCUAGACGACCAUUUGAAGAGAAUGGGAUACUCCAUGCCUUCGUGCUGCUGGUGUUGUGCGCAACUAGGGGAAGAAACCUUAGUGCAUCUGUUCUUUACCUCGUUUGCUGCCAACAAAGUUUGGUCAUAUUUCCUAAUGAAUGCUGGAAUUAAUCUGGAGAGUAUGUCGAUGCACGAGGCAAUCGUGAUGGACGCUCAAAGUGUUAGCAAGAUUGAAGCCAAUUUUUCAAGCACUUCCGGCUAUCAUUUUAUGGGAGUUGUGGAAGAGAAGAAACAGCUACAAGCACGGGGAAGCAGUAACGAUUAG